GUUCCUACAGACUGGUGUAUUGUUUGUCUUCAGUAGUUGACGCUAUUAGUGUUUUACGAAAUCAUGAUUUAUGACCAAGCUGAAUGUGGCAAGAAUUUAAUGAAGCAUUUAAGGGUUUGCAUAUGCGAAGGUACAAUGACUGCAAUGGAACAUAUUGCAUUGUAUGCACCUACACAGGAUCUGUAUUGGUAGUUUAUUGUAUAGCAGUGGACCGCUCGAGGAUCGUAUUAAAAAAAUGGACUUGAAAAUUUAAAGCGAGGGAAAUGUCUUCUGCUGGGUCACUUUUUCCUGCGACUGAAGUAUCGUAUGCAAACCCGCCCGAAGAGCCGUGCGUGUUAAAGUACCGCUUCCGUGAUGGGGAGGUGUACUGGCCCAGAUCGAAUCUGCCUGUCGGAUUAAUGACGAGGAGCGGUGUGUCGGUUAGCCUGGGUCCUGGAUACGGUUUUUAGCUGGUUCCCCACAUCCCACUAGGCUACAACUGAUGCUUCGGGUACCUGAAACUUUAUUGGCUGGGCUUUUGCAGUAGGGGCGUCAGCAUCGAAAAGUGUGCCGUACCCUGAUGGUAAUUUCAAAGUUGUGGUAUCCCACAAUUCUGAUACUAUUUUCUUUGAUCCACACUCAUUUUUACAAGUGUCACCAAUUGUAGUUGAAGAUCUGUCAGAUGUAGUAGGCUCUGAGGUGACAGCCAUUGCUUUUUCUCCUCUUUUGGCUACAAAAUGAUGGUUAUUAACUACAGAGACUGAGAAACCCAAAAAAUUGUCAUAUGUGGAACUACAGAGACUGGUUUUCUCUACCCGCUCGAUGUUUUAAAUCGAAAACAAUGAAAAUUCAUUUUCUACAAACACGAACCAAUUCUGAGAGGUUGACACCCGUGAACAUUAAUAAUCUGCCCACAUUGUCGUCUCCUCGUGUUCCCGUCAAGGAAGAACCACUGGACGCUUUCACAGCGGUCGACACGGAUCCUGUAUGCAUCAAAAUUGAACCGGAACACGAUCAAUGUGCAGCUACACUUCCAGUCCCAGAAGCGACAAAAAUUAAGGUAUUUCAUUUGGAAGGUUUGAAGAGGGAAUGGAUUGAAGACAAUGUGAAGAAAUGUGGCUGGGAUGAAGCUCAGGUGUGUGAAAAAACAGCUCCAGAGACAGAUGGGGUUAAGUUACACGUGUUUGAGAAAGCAGCUGCAGAGAAAGAUGUGGUUCACGUCAAAAGAGGGCCAUGUAAGCUGUGCAUAUCAGAGGAUCCUGUAUGUAUCAAAAUUGAACCGGAACAUGAUCAAUGUGCAGCUACACUUCCGGUCCCAGAAGCGACAAAAAUUAAGCCAUUUGAUUUGGAAGCUUUGAAGCAGGAAUGGAGUGAAGAUGAUGUGGAGGAAGAUUUCUGGGACGUGGCUCAGGUACCUGAGAAAGCAGCUGUAGAGAGGGAUGGGGUUAUGUUAAAGGUGUGUGAGAAAGCGGCUGUAGAGAAAGACGGGGUUCGUGCCGAAACACCCACAGCAGCACAGUCAUCUGAGCAGUGCGUACAGCAGGGACUGGAGAGUGCAAACACAACAGUGGACACUGUAAGGUUUAUUGUGCAAGGCCAGGAUAGGCCUCCUCCUAUCGACAAAUGUACCUCGGUACGCACCAGAAUUGACGGGACUGCAGGCACACGAGUGAUCGGUGGCGGCCAGCAGGUACGCGAGAGGAACAAAAGGAACACGCGCGUACUGUCGGUAAAGGUAGUGUUCGCACAGAGGCGGAGUCGAGUCGAUACCCCCGAGGAGACCCGUCCCGCACUGAGCGCCGCGGUAAGUGACGGGAGGCGCGGGGAAGCGUCCGACAGCGGUCGUGGCUGUGACCCGGUCGAUGGCGGUCGCGAGGUACCGUCCCGGUCGGAGGGCGACGCGGCUCCACCUGCCGGACGCGAGACGUACACGUGCGACGACGGGGAUCCCCCGAGUACGCCCGCGCGGCGGCACCGGUGGACCUGCGAGACGUGCCACGCGCCCUGCCGCAGCUUCCACGAACUCAGGGUGCACUGCUGGAAACACCAGGGGAAGCAGGUCUACGGCUGCGACCACUGCACCAGGAAGUUCGCACGCCGCAACAGCCUGAAGCGCCACUCGCUCCAGCACAUGCUGCUGUGGCCCUACGAGUGCGGCGUGUGCUACAGGCGGUUCGUCAACAACACCCACCUGGCGCACCACACGCUCGCGCACGAGGGCAGCCGCCCCUACCAGUGCGACUCCUGCGGCAGGACGUUCUCGCGGAGCAGAGACUGUAAAAUGCACUACCGCGCGUGCGUCGGCGAGCGGAUCUACUGCUGCGACGUCUGCGACAAGAAGUUUGCCAGCGAGAGCGGCCUCCGGCACCACGGGCGCCUCCACUCCUUGCGGCAGUGUUGAGACCGUCUCUCUGCACCGUCGGGAAGGCGACUGGGGGGGAUUCUGCCGACGGUGCGAAAAUGCGCCCUCGUAAACCUGCCGUGCGUGUUCGCACUGUAACAUUCCCUUUCAUAUAAUCACUGUUGUAACAAUAAGUCUGUAGUAAAGUCAAAUUGUACCGAACUAAUGAACUGCUUCGACAGAAAUAAUCGAUUUUUGAAAAUACGAUGCCAUCGGUUAUAUAAAAUAAUCUCGCCGAGUGGCAGCAGGCGAACACGCGUAUAAAAAGUAUUACAGUUUGCGAGCUUUAAGAGCCAGUGACUCCUUCUGCAGCAGGGUUGAAGGGGAAGCGAGAGGGGUGAAGGAAAGGGACCUGUGAGGUUUGGGAAAAGGGGCAGUGUUUGGAAAAGUUACCCGGACCGGCGGAUUCUUAACAGGUGGGAUGAGAAGGGAAGACUCAUUGUUGGGGACUUCCAGCACUACAAAAGAUGUAGGAGCAAGCUGUCAGUUAAUAUAGGUGGUACAGACAAAUAAACGAGUGGAGUAGCUCAUAAUGUAGAAAACAGACAGCAGAGACAGACAAGAGGGUUACAUAAAGGAGGAACGGUGGCCACACGGGCUAAUAUAUCGACGUAAAUAAUCAAUUUUUGAAAAUACAGUGUAAUUGGAUAGAUGAAAUACUCAUCGAGCAGUGGUGAGAAACUAAAAUUAAAUUGAGGUCCGCCCGAACGGGCCACAAAGGCACCGAUCGGCCGCCGUGUCGUCCUCGGCCCGCAGGUGUAUUUUGAUGCAGAUACGGAGGGGCACGUGGUCAGCACACGACUCUCCCCGGCCGUAUGUCAGUUUACGAGACCGGUGUCGCUAUUUCUCAGUCGAGUAGCUCCGCAGUUUGUCUCACGAGUGCCGAGUGCACUCCGCUUGCCGACAGCCCUCUGCAGACCGGACCGUGCCCCGUCCGAAUGCUAUUCCGGCCCGCCGAUCUGUCUGGAAGCGGUAUUACUAUUGCAGCGAGGCCGUCAGCUGUGGCAGGAAACACACGUAUAAAAACUAUUACAGUUUGCAAGCUUUUGGAGCCAGUGGUGAAAGAGCCUUUCCUUCUCAUCCUGUUUGCCAAGUCUCCCCUGACACGGGGUUCUGGCCAACUCUUCUGAAUUCUGCCCCCUUUCCUCAACCCUCACCGGUCCUUUUCCUCGACUCCUCUUCCCCCUCAACCAGAACAAGGAGCCACUGGCUCUGAAAGCUCGCAAACUGAAAUGCCUUUUAAAUGCGUGUUCUCCUGUUGCGACUUGGCGAGUAGAUUUUUUAUCUAUCCAAUUACAAGUUAAUGAAUCAUAAUUCGUGUGAAAUACGAAGCUUAUUUGCAAGUUUAAAUUUUUUUCGUACUAGAGAUGUCACACUGUGAUCAAAACCACUUUGCUUUGUAUGUUCAGGUGUGUAAUAAUGUUGUUGAUCACAUCUGCUCACUGUUAAAAAGUAAAGUCCUAAGUUCUUUCUGUUUGGAGCAUUUAAGUUUGCACUACGUAUGCACCCGGAAGACACGAACAGCACUUUAAAAUUCACUUCUACACAGACUGACUGAUAUACUGUGUCUGUCCCGUAAUGACACGAACUGAACUGCCGGUCUGCAGUGUACUUUAUUGGCCGUCAGUCUGCAGCUCGUGCUGUAGCGGUAGAGGUGCCACCUCUAAACUGUAAGGUCCAGGGUUCGAUUCCCUGCCGGGUCAGAGAUUAUCUUUGCGCAGAGACUGGGAGUAUCUGACGUCUCAAUCAUUUCUUCUCGUAUUCGUCACAGAGAUGCACAAUUUGCCGUCAUGGCGUAAAAUGGAACAACUCGUACCGGGCAUUCGAACGACCCCGGACGAAAUCUCGAGGCCGGCAGUGUUGUGUCGUCAUUUCAUUUCAGUUCAUUUGGUCGGUGGACACAGCAUACCGGUUUGACGGGCAGACAUGCAUUAUUACAGGGUGUAUAUGCCCCAGGACAACCAGUAAAUCUGGGAAAAACCCAGUGAUUUUGUCAUCCAGGAAAUACCUCGGAAUUUUUUGUUGUUUAGGUCUCCAGUCAAAUUUUUGUAAUGCUGACUGGUAAGUAAUGCUACAUUAACAAAGAAUUUUACCCCACUACUCCAGAAUAAUACUGAGUAAAUAAAACAUAAAUGAGAGAAUAACACCAAAGGAAAACUUCAAAUGCAAAGAAAAUGCGCCAUUCACAACAGCAAAACACAGUGCGUACACAAGUGCCUGCAGACGGCAAAUUGUGUCAGAGACUGUCCAGUACUUCAUAACAAGACUGCUUUCGAUGAGCGUGACGUCACGAGUGCUUUCAUUUUGAACAGGUCACUUUAAGAUGUUGCAAAUCGUUUUUUGAGGAGUGUUACUAUGAAAGUAAAUUUCCGUUUACACAAGAUGAAUUUCGUUACAUGUGUGAAUGUGGGAUUAAUUUCUUAAAUCACGGAGUGUUCGAUUCUCAUUCAAAAUGCAACACUUCGAGGACCAGCCACUUAGAAAUUUCGAGCCCAGAAGACCAGCUAUUUGUGCCGGUAUUUAAAAGAUUGCUGGCGCAUUUGUGUUUGAAAUAUCUUAAAGGUUGCUGCGUGCUAAGAAAGACCGAGUUUCGAGAUUAGUUUUCCAUUUUUGUUUUAGUUCUUCCAUAGGUUACAAAUUAUGCAAUAAUAAUAUCAAAAAGUGUAAUUAUCCUACAAAAAACCAGCACAAAGUGAGUUCUCGAGCAGUUUCACCCGUAAUUGGCUUUUCUAUGGAAAACUUAUAUUUGGCCAGGUAACACACACAAUUUUUGGUGCACAGUAGUGAAAUUUAUAAUUCUGCUUGUUGGAAAGAUUCAGCUGCUGCAGUUCAUGCUGUGCUCCAAGGAUCCUGCCUAACUACACUCUCGGAAAAAUACAGCAAAAAAUUAAGUGUUGCCGCACAUUAAAGAUUUAUCCAAAACGGGAUAUUUUUGCUGCUUUUCAUUUCUAAAAGUGUGCAAAACCUUCACCAUUCAAAGGAUUGACAAGUUUUACAGUUCCAAUGGAAAGUACAUUGUCACUUACUUCGGAAAAAAGUACUUUCACCAGGGGUAUAGUGUACUUUCACCCAGGAAAAAGUAUCUAUCUCUGGGAUAUGCGGGAAAAAACCGUGAUUUUUUUUUUCCUGUCCGUGUAUACACCCUGUAUUAACAAUAACAUUUUAAUGAUUUACAGUUACAAGUCGUAGUUCUAAAGUCAUAUAAAUGCUGCAUGACAAAAUGUAAUUGCAAUUUAUGUACUAGAGUUUAAUAAAUUUGCAUGCCUUCAAAUCAUAAGUGUUAACAAUUAAUUUUACAAAAGUUAAUUUUAAACAUAAAUUAUAAUUUCACUUCUCUCCAAAUA